UUCAAAGCGAUUUCGCGUAGGAGCAGGCCUCAGGGUAGUCCAUAGCUACAAUUGAGAAGAAGAAGAAGAGGUUCAAAGCGAUUUGUAGCGAAUGUAUGAAAGACCUUUCAAGAUACAUUGAAUGAUAGUGCGUGCAAAAUAUCCUUCGAUAUAAUAAUGCCAUUGAUGGUCUACGGAUAAUCAGAAGAUGCUUUUUAAUUUUUGUGAUCCACGUUUGCGUCCAGAAAUUAAAUGCAGUAGUAUCAGUACGGAAGGAUACGAAGUAACCAAUUUGAUAAGUGACUCUUGCAAAGGUUUCUUAGCAUACUCCUGCAUCAAACCACCAAUUCAUAUUGAUAUCACGUUCCUCUGCAACAUACGGAUAAAUCACAUACUAAUUUGGCCAUCCGUUGGAUCCCAGAAAUCGUCGGGCUUUCAGCUUUACUCCAGAAAUACCAAUGACGAGAAUACUCCAUACAUUUUAUUAUCCAACGGUUAUUUAAGUCAUUGUGAUGCUGGACUGUUGUUCCACCCAGCUGACAUUGAUGUCAAGGAGAUUCCUGUACCGAAAAAUUUCUUGAAGCGUUAUAUCAAAAGGUCCAUGCAAUAUUUGAGCGCUUAUACUCAUGAUUUACGUAUCACUAUAUGUAAAACAGAAAACUCAGUGCCAGCUUUAGGAAAGAUCGAAGUAUGGGGGACAGUAUCACCACGUUGCGGAAAGGAUGUUGUAGCAAGUGUAUAUACAUUAUGGUCCAAGUGUCAAACCAUUUUGGCAUCGUCUGUAACAGAAUGUAAAAAUAGUGCCAGUUCUGCAAGUAUCACAGACAACGUAACAAGCAACAGGCGAGAAAGUACAGCAACUUUUGAAAUUCCUGAACAUUUCUUAGACCCAAUUACAUGGGAGAUAAUGACUCAGCCGAUUACAUUGCCUAGUGGUAAAAUAAUAGAUCAAACCACGUUAGAAAAGCAUGAACAGAAUGAAGCAGUUUGGGGUAGGCCUGUGUCAGAUCCAUUCACUGGCAUUUCUUUCAAUGAGCAUCGUAGGCCAAUCAUGGCUACUGCUUUAAAGUUGAGAAUUGACAAAUUCCUAUUGGAGAAUAGCAAUUUGGAUGAAAUCAAAAAUAUGCCAAGAGUCUUAGGCCGUGCCUCAUCCUCGGUUGUAAUGAGAGACAGAAGAAUAAUUGAAAUACCAAGAGGUAUGUUAGACAAGAAUCCAUUAAAGAGGACCAAUGAAGAUGCCAAACUAAAUGCACACAAGCAAAUAGCGGAUAACGAUUCACAACGAACGAAAAGAUAUUGCCAUCAACUACCAGCAGUUGUCACAUGUCCGAAACGAACCACUGCCAAUGUUUACUCAAUGCCGAGACAAGUUGCGAGAAAUUUAAUUGCUUCUUCGUCAGCUAAUAAUUCUAUUAGCCGUAAUAAUGAUAACAAACCGGAAGUACUGCCGAUUGAUAUAAAUAUCUCAGACAAUAGAGUAAAUCUAUUGUCAAACAUUAAACGCUUCAAUACAUCGGAGAAAAUAGAAUUACAUAAUAUAUCUGACAAUUGUGGAUGUUGCAGUAAUAGUAUUCUUUAUAGGCUGCCUUGCAAACAUGUGAUAUGUAGAAAAGUAUUAUUAUCUAUUGAAAAUAGUCAGUGCAACUCUUGUGGGCUUUCUUACAGAUCGAAUGAUGUGGAGCGGAUUCAUGAGAGUUUCUUAAGCAGAUAAUAUAAAGAUUCUGAAACGUUCAAUUACGUUACUUUUUUAUCACAUUUUAUAGUUAAUUGGAUAUUCACAUAUUCUAUUAAAGUUCCAUAAGGAUAUCUCAGUUAUUUGUAACAUAACUCAAUUAUUUAAUAUUUAUUACUUACCAAAUCUUUUAUAUGCACAGUAUGUAAAAUAUAUUAUAACAUUGAAUUAUUACAUCACAAUAUUACAUGAUUCGUAACAAUUCCAAUUAGAAUUGUUCACAGUGUUUUGGCACAUAUAAAUAUAUGUUUAUGUAAAAUCGACAAUUUAUAUGUUUAUAAAAAUUUGUCUUUUUA